UAGUGCACCCCGCCCCCUCAGUUAUCCCCCCUCCAUUCUGGUCGCGACAGCCAGCCGUGAGAGGCUGUGGGGUGCUGGGGGGAGCUAGUCGCCGGGAAAGCGCCCGGCCCGGCAAGUCGCCGACAGGCCGAACGUGGCGCGCAGGCCGGAGCGGCCAAUCGGGCCUGUGACUCGGGGCUGCAGAGCGGCCGUGCACUGCGCGGCGGCCGCGUGGGGCGGGAGCCUGGGCCGGGCAGCGCGCCGCCGCCUCUCACGCCGCGACGAUGGUGUUGCUGCUGCUGCUGCUGGGCGGCCGGAGCGCCCCGGGACUGCGGCGUGGCGGCCUGAGGACCGUACCGGGGGCGGCCGCGGUGCUCCGGAGCCCGCGGGCGGCCUUCUGCAGCGGGAGCGCGCGGCUGUGGAGCUCGGCGCGGCUUCUCCCGCGGCCCCUGCGAGCGCAGCUCGGCUGGCAGAAGUCUCUAGGACGGGUUUCUCAGGAAAUAUGUGUUCGAUGCUCACAUACACACCUUGAAAAAUCAGAAGAUGGAAGACUGAUUUAUACUGGGAAUUUGGCCCGAAAAGUAUUUGGUGUGAAAUGUUUUUCUUACUCUACAAGUUUGAUAAGCCUUGCAUUUCUACCGUACAUUUUUGCACAAAAUAAUAUUGUAUUUGGAAGUCUGCCUUUGCAAAUCUUAUUUUAUGGCGUCGUAGGGUGUUUUAUAGUGAUCACCCCAACACUGCUUCAUUUCCUUACAAAGGGCUAUGUUAUUCGAUUGUACCAUCAGGCUACAACAGACACUUAUAAAGCCAUAACUUACAGUGUCAUGCUUUCAGAAACAAGUACUGUGUUUCACCAGAAUGAUGUGAAGAUUCCAAAUACUGCAAAUGUGUUUACCACAUUUUAUGCUAAAACAAAAUCACUAUUAGUUAACCCAGCACUCUUCCCCAAUCCUGAGGACUAUAACCACCUAAUGGGUUAUGACAAGCCACUCACUUUUGAUGUCGAAGAAGCCAGUGAAGAGGAACAGCAUAGAGAUAACAAGUGAAUCUGUUGUUUUGUUUUUGCUUAAAUGUAAUUUAAGCUAGAAUGUGUAACAAUAAAAUUGCCUUUACCUUUGUUUUACUGUUAGUGACUGAUUAUUAAAUAAGUUGAAACUGUAUCAAAUAGGACUUUUUAAAAUUAACUUUCCAAGAAUUAUGUUCCCUUCUAAUAAAAUAAGCUAUGUUUGAAGAUGUAAA